AAUUUGGCGGUCCUUUGAAAGAAAUGCCAUUGUCGUGCCGACUUCUUGGGGAAAAUGAAUGAGGAAUGGAGGUUCUUUUGCAAAUAUAAUUUAUUCUUUCUCUGGCCUACAUAGAAUAACAAAAUGGGCAUCAUGCUUUUCUUACUUCUUUCUGGGAAUAUCUACUAGUGGGAGUGGAUACAGAAUCUUUUAAAUAGUUAACCUCCGUGCAUGCUUUAUAUCUUCCUGUACUUCUAAACCAAUGGAGCUCUCUUGUCUGAUAGUUGAUCUUGAUGUAAAAAGAGAAGCACCUAUUACCCUUUUAUCUCCCGAGAAUCCAACACCAAUAGAAACAGUCUGUCUUUCAAACAUUGAUCAGACAGUAGCAUUUCCUGUUGAGACCAUCUUCUUCUAUGAUGCCCCACCAGUUAAAACACUUGACAUUGUUGAGAUAUUGAAGAGAUCAGUGUCUGAUGUCCUUUUGAUCCCUUAUUAUUUCAUGGCCGGGAGGCUCGAUUUCAAUGUUGAAACGAAGAGAUUGGAGCUUCUCUGCAACAACGCUGGGAUCUUGUUUGCUUCUGCAACCUCGCGCUUGAAGCUAGAAGAGCUGGGGAAUCUCUCUUUGCCAAAUCCAUCCUUUCGCCAUCUCAUUCUUCAGACUGAUGGGUUCAAGAGCCUCCGUGAAACUCCAGUAUUCACAAUUCAGGUUACGAGGUUCAAAUGCGGAGGCUUCUCGAUUGGUUUCGUGACGAACCACAGCAUAAUGGAUGGGAGGUCGGCAGCCGAGAUGUUCGAGAACCUUGCUGCCAUAUGCAGAGGAGAAGGCAUGAAGUACAAAAAUCUCAACAAUGAUAGAUCAUGCAUUAAAGCUAGAGAUCCGCCUCGUAUCAUGUUUGAUCAUCCAGAGUACACCAAGCUAGCAGAAUACACCACUUCUUUCUCUACAUCCUCCUCAUCCUUCACCUCUCCACUUCUAUCCACUCCACCCAUUUCCCUCUCUAAGCCGUCGAAGAAGAACAUAUUCGAGAUGCUAUCUUUCACCUCUGAUAUGAUCGAAUGCCUCAAAGAGAAGGCCAUGAACAAGUGCUCUACCUUUGAAGCCAUUGUUGCUCACCUUUGGAGAUCAAGAACAAGAGCAGUGUUUGAAGACCCAAAUCACACUUCCUCUGUUUUGUUUGCUGUGGACAUACGACCCAAGAUCUCACCACCCUUACCAGACGGGUACAUUGGCAAUGCAGUGAUCACAGCCUCAGCAAGUGCUUCUGUGAAGAGCUUAAUUGAAAAGCCCUUCUCUUUCUGUGUUGAGCUUGCUCAAGAAGCCAUAGAGAGGGUGACAGAUGAAUAUGUGAGGUCAGUGAUAGACUGGUUGGGGGUGAACAAGGGAGUGCCCUCUACUCUGAAUGGAAACUUUUUUGUAUCUGCCUGGUGGAAGCUUCCAUUCCAUGAGUUGGAUUUUGGGUGUGGAAAGCCAGUUUAUGGUGGGCCUGUGGUUAGUGGGAUGGAUGAGUUUGUGCUGCUUCUCUCUGGGGGAAAUGGCAUGGGAAUGAGGGGUGGCAUAAAUGUCUGGAUUGCAUUGGAGCAGGAAAAAAUGGAGAAAUUCUUAAGCCAUGUGUUUGAUUAUAUGUGACAAUAUAUAUAUAUAUAUAUAUAUAUAUAUAUAUAUAUGCAAAUGAAGUUUCCCUGAAAAUGGUAGCAUUUACCUAUGUUAGUAUUUAGGUGCAUUUUACCAUGAACUUGGAAGGAGAAUACAUUGCUGUAGCAAGAAAACAGAAGCAUUUACUUGACUGGUGUGAAUAAAUGAAUUCUACAACUCAUUGUCUAAA